AUGACGUUGUAUGAUGUUGUAUGGCGUCACUUAGUAAGGGCCGGUAUACCAGCUGCUCGGGUAUAUAUUAUUGCGUUAGUGUGUGGCUGGUAUGCCAGCUGCUCAGGUAUAUAUUAUUGCGUAAGUGUGUGGCCGGUAUACCAGCUGCUCAGGUACCGGUAUAUAUUAUUGCGUAAGUGUGUGGCUGGUAUACCAGCUGCUUGGGUAUAUAUUAUUGCGUUAGUGUGUGGCUGGUAUGCCAGCUGCUCAGGUAUAUAUUAUUGCGUAAGUGUGUGGCCGGUAUACCAGCUGCUCAGGUAUAUAUUAUUGCGUAAGUGUGUGGCUGGUAUACUAGCUGCUCGGGUAUAUAUUAUUGCAUUAGUGUGUGGCUGGUAUACCAGCUGCUCGGGUAUAUAUUAUUGCGUAAGUGUGUGGCCGGUAUACCAGCUGCUCAGGUACCGGUAUAUAUUAUUGCGUAAGUGUGUGGCUGGUAUACCAGCUGCUCGGGUAUAUAUUAUUGCGUUAGUGUGUGGCUGGUAUGCCAGCUGCUCAGGUAUAUAUUAUUGCGUAAGUGUGUGGCCGGUAUACCAGCUGCUCAGGUAUAUAUUAUUGCGUAAGUGUGUGGCUGGUAUACUAGCUGCUCGGGUAUAUAUUAUUGCAUUAGUGUGUGGCUGGUAUACCAGCUGCUCGGGUAUAUAUUGCGUUAGUGUGUGGCCGGUAUACCAGCUGCUCGGGUAUAUAUUAUUGCGUAAGUGUGUGGCCGGUAUACCAGCUGCUCAGGUAUAUAUUAUUGCGUUAGUGUGUGGCUGGUAUACCGGCUGCUCGGGUAUAUAUUAUUGCGUUAGUGUGUGGCUGGUAUACCAGCUGCUCUGGUAUAUAUUAUUGCGUUAG